AUGAAGGAAUAUUCAUUCGCUUACUCCGGAAUUACACAAGUCUACAUCAAGAUUGCUGAUGUUGUCAUUCCAGAAGGUGCCUUCGAAUUCUGUGACGAUCUUGCCAGUGUUCAAUUCAUCUCUAAUGUCAAGGAAAUCAAGGAGAACGCAUUCAGAAACUGCUUCAGACUUGAAUCCUUGGUUUUCACAACAACAAAUACAACAUUCAAUAUUGGCUCAUACGCCUUCACAAACUGCAACAGCUUAACAGUAUUCCACUGCACAUGUCAAGAAGUUAAUGUUGGCGUCUUCACAUUCUACGGAUGCUCAUCCUUGAGUGAUAUCAUCAUCGGUGCUGUUACUCAAAUUGAUGCUUCAUCAUUCGCUAACACAGCAAUUUCACAGAUCUACAUCAAGAUUGACAACGUUGCUAUUCCAACUGCCGCAUUCAGUGGAUGCAUACAGUUAAACCACAUUGUUUUCUCUGGAUCAGUUGCAUCAAUCAGCCAGUUUGCUUUCAAUGAUUGCUCAAGUUUGACAUCAUUGGCAAUUUCCCCAUCUAAUUCCUCCAAGUUCACAUUUGAAGAAUCAGCAUUUGAAGGAUGCACAAACUUGUAUUCAUUGCACUUACCAACUGCUGUUUCAACAAUCGAGAAGAAUGCUUUCAACGGAUGCUAUAACCUCGUUGAUUUAAUCAUUGGUGUUCCAACAGAAGUUCAAGAAUACGCAUUCGCAAACUGUGGUGUCACACAGAUGUUCAUCAACAUCCCAGAUAUUGAUAUUCCAGCAGGUUUGUUCAGUGGAUGCCAUAAGUUAACAAGAAUUGCAUUCCCAGGAAAGGUAAAGACAAUUGGUGAAUACUCAUUCCACGCAUGCACAUCACUCCAGGAAUUGAGCAUUGAUCCAUUUGAUACAACACAAUUCACAUUCUCUGCUUAUUCAUUCUGCAACUGCACAAACUUACAGAGCCUCAAGUUAUUAACAGAGAAAGUCACAAUUGGAAGCAAUGCUUUCAACGGAUGCACAAAUCUCAAUGGCUUAUUCAUUGGUGUUCCAACAAAGGUUGAACAAUAUGCAUUCGCUAACUCUGGCAUCGAACAGAUGUUCAUCAACGUCCAAGACAUCGAUGUUCCAGCUGGAUUAUUCCGUGGAUGCACAAAGUUACAAUUUGUUGAUUUCGUUGGAAAGGUUAAGUCAUUUGGUGAAUACGCAUUCCAUGGAUGCACAUCACUCACAAGAUUAGUCUUCUAUCCAAUUGACACAACAAUGUUCACAAUUCCUGCACACGCAUUCAGCAACUGCACAAACUUGGUUGUUUUCCACUUAUCAUCAGAUUCAAUCGCUGUUGGAAAUGAUGCAUUCAAUGGCUGCGAAUCCUUAGAAGACUUCUUCAUCGGUGCAGUCACAUCUGCUGGCAAUUAUUCAUUUGCUAAAACAGGAAUUUCCCUUGUUUACUUGAAGAUCUCCAAUGUUGCCAUUCCAGAUGGUUUGUUCGAUGGCUGCCACAGAUUGAACUCAAUUAUCUUCCAGGAUACAGUUGCUAAGAUUGGUUCUAAUGCAUUCAGAAAUUGCACAAGCCUUGAAUCAUUCAAGGUUACACCAACAAGCACACAGUCCUUCUCACUCGGUGAUGGUGCAUUUGAAGGUGCUACAAUGCUUCACGAAUUCAAUGUCCUCACUGAUUCAAUUUCUAUUGGUGCUUACGCAUUCGCAAGAUGCUCAAUCUUGGCUAAUAUCUUCAUUGGUAAGGUUACAUCAAUCGGUGCUGGCGCAUUCAUGCAUACAAAGCUUACACAAAUCUUCAUCAGUGGAAAUGGCAUUCCAAUUCCAGAUGAAGUUUUCCAUGGAUGCUCUGAAUUACAGACAGUCGCUUUGACUGGAACAUUCUCCAGUGUUGGAAAGAACGCUUUCUUCGCAUGCAGCAAGAUCACCAAGCUUGAUAUCAUGCCGUCAACAAACUCCAACGCUGACUUCCAGAUUGGAGAGGCUGCAUUCACAGGAUGUUCUGCUCUCACAUACUUACACAUCCCAUGCAGCUCAAUGACAGUUGGCAGUGAUGCAUUCAACGGAUUGACAGGUCUCGAAGACUUAUUCAUUGGCUCUGUCACUCAGAUUGGUGAUUAUGCAUUCGCUAACAGCGCAAUCGCACAAAUCUUCAUCAAGAAUGAUGAUAUCACAAUUUCAGAGGGUGCCUUCGAUGGAUGCGUCAAUCUUGAAAGCAUCUUCUUCCUCAACAAGGUUAAGGAAGUCAAGGCUAACGCAUUCCGUAACUGCAUCAGAAUUAAAUCAAUCAUCUUCAAUCCAAGUGGCUCCUCUUUGACAGUUGGUGAUAACGCAUUCCAGGGCUGCACAAACUUGGCUGUUUUCCACUGCCCAUCAGAUUUAAUCUCACUUGGAAAGAAUGUCUUCAACGGAUGCAAUUUGUUACGUGAUAUCGUCAUUGGCGCAAUCACUUAUGCUGGUGAUUACGCUUUCGCUGGAACACAGAUUUCUCGUGUCUUCAUCAACACUCAAUCAUUCGAGUUCACACCAGGCUUAUUCGAUAAGUGCGAUAAGUUAGACUCAAUCAUCAAUAAUGCCAAGGUUACAAAGGUUGGCGCAUUCGCUUUCAGAGGCUGCGUUGGCUUGACAUCAUUAGUUUUCUCAUCAGAUGUCAAGGAUAUGACCUUUGGCGAAUCAUCAUUCGAUGGCUGCUCCAACUUAUUCACAUUGCACUUACCAUCAGAUACAGCCUCUGUCGAGAAUAACGCUUUCAACGGAUGCACAUCAUUAUGUGAUUUAAUCAUUGGUACAAUCACAUCAAUUGGAAUGAACUCAUUCACAAACACAAACAUUUCACAGAUCUUCAUCAACAACCAAGAGGAUUCUGUCAUCCCAAGUGGUGUUUUCUCUGGCUGCGCUCAACUUGAAACCGCUGUCUUUGCAAACAAAGUUUCUGGAAUUGAAGACAAUGCUUUCGCAUAUUGCCGUAAAUUAGUCGGAUUGUCAAUCUAUUCCAACAAGAUGGAUGGAUUCACAAUUGGCAGUAAGGCAUUCAUUGAAUGCACAUCUAUGUACACAUUCAGAAUCCCAGUCAACACAGUUUCCAUUGAUGACAACGCAUUCUAUGACUGCAAGACUUUGAGAGAUAUAAUCAUCGGAGAAAUCAUCCAUCUUGGAACAAACGCAUUCUACAAGACACAGAUUUCUAAUGUUAUCCUCAAUGUUGACACACUCACUCCAAAGACAUUCAUGAACUGCACACAGUUAACAUCAAUUGUCCUUAGCACAUCUCAGGCUAUCGAUAUCCCAGAACAGUUGUGCCAGGAUUGCCACAGAUUGACUACUUUCACAAUCAUGAGUGGAAAGAUCAAGUCAAUCGGAAACAAUGCUUUCAUGAACUGCUAUUCAUUAACACAGAUCACAUUGAGUGCUGAGGAUAAGUCCUUCGCUAUUGGUGACAACGCUUUCUCAAGCUGCUUCAACUUACUUACAUGCCACAUCCAAUCUGAAACAGUUACACUCGGAAAGAAUGCCUUCUACAACUGCUAUGAGUUAGAAGACAUCAUCAUGGGCUCAAUCACACAGAUCGGUGAUGGCGCAUUCCACGGAACAGCAAUCACACAGAUUGCCUUACAUACAGAUGUAUUACCAAAGGAUGGAUUGAACAACUGCACAAAGCUUGAGAAAGUCCACAUCCAAUGCACACAGACAGAGAUCCCAGAGAAAUUCGUCGAAGAUUGCAUUUCUCUCAACGAUUUCACAGUUGAAGGCAAAGUCACAAAGAUUGGCGAUGCAUCAUUCAAGGGAUGCUCCAAGUUACAAACAGUUAUCAUCGCUGGUGGCGAAACAAUGCCAAUCGGAAAGGAUGCUUUCAAUGGCUGCUUGCUUUUGAAGGAAUUCCACGCUCCAGCAACAUUGACAUCUCCAGUUGGCGACAGAGCAUUUGCUAACUGCACAAAUCUCAAGAGCAUCUUCAUUGGUGCCUUGUCAUAUGUUGGCGCUCACGCUUUCCAGGGAACAAAGAUUUCUCAGGUCUUGUUCAGCUCUGAUUUAUCCAAUGGUGAAAUCCACAUUGGCACAGAAGCCUUCAGUGGCUGCAACCUCUUGGAUACAAUCCAGAUCAUGACAAAGUCACAGAUCAAGAUCCCAGAUCAGGCAUUCGAUGGAUGCACAAACUUGAAUAUUUUCAAUGUUGACGGACCAAUCGUUUCUGCCGGAUUCAAGGCAUUCCAUGGAUGCGCUUCAUUACAAAACAUCACAAUCACUGCAGAGAAUCCAUUCAUUGGUGCUCACUGCUUCUGCGGAUGCAAGUCAUUGAAGAAUGUCCAAUUCAAGGGCUCAAAGAUGGUUCUUAUCCCAGAUUACGCAUUCAAUGAGUGCAACUCAUUACAAUCAAUCGCAAUCAACGGAAUGGUUAAGUCAAUUGGCAAAUACGGUUUCUAUCACUGCUACAAGUUAGAGUCGAUCGAAAUCCAGUCAUUGAACAACCUUACAAUCGGAAUGCACUCAUUCUGCGGAUGCUCCCUCAAGACAUUGAACUUCAAUGGUGUUGUCAAGGGAUUACAAUCAUAUGCAUUCAACAAUGCAACAAAACUUGAGAAGCUUGAGUUAACAUUCUCCGAUGAUGUUCCAACAAUUCCAGAAUACUGCUUCAACGGAUGCUCCUUAUUGAGUGAUGUAACAAUCAAGGGACAUGUUACAACAGUUGAAUCCCAUGCCUUCCAUAACUGCAUCUCAUUAGUCACAGCAACAUUCGAUUCAGAAGAGGAAAUGGUUGUUGGUCCACAUGCUUUCUGCGGAUCAGGAAUCAAGACAUUCAAGACACAAGGAACAGUCGCUUUGUCACAGUUCUCAUUCCAUGAAGCUAAGGAUCUCACAACAAUUGAUGUUAAGUCAAUUACCAAACUUGGUGUCGCAACAUUUGGUAACUGCUCAUCACUUGAAUCAAUCCCACUUGAUGCCUCUGUCAAGGAGAUCCCAGAGAGCUGCUUCGAGGGCACAACUAAGUUCAGCAAUUACCAGUUGAAUGUUACAACAUUUGGCCCAAGAUCAUUCUACAACUCUGGAUUGAAGAAUUUGACAAUCACACAGAAUAACAUCAACAUCAAGUCUCUGGUUAAGAUACUAUAUAAAGCCGAAACUCUGAUUUUAUAUGAAAUUUAA